CCCUGUUGGACCAGCCGGAGUGGGCCCGGGCAUAGGGCCGGACUAGGGGAAGCGAAGGGGUUAAACCCCCCAGGACUGGACGGCCAAUUGAUCGGCAACAACGAGAGACAUGCACCUGUCGGCAACCCAAACGUGCCAAGCUCGGAGCUGUACCGCCUCCAAUNACAAAUGCGAGACCGCAGAAGAGAUCCUCGCGGAACUCGACAAAAUCUACGAUCCGGAAUCGCAGGGCUCGAAACAAGUCCUCAUGAAGGAAAUGUUCAACUGCACGAUCCCCACACACAGCAGCAGACACCCCAUCGAGCACCUGCACUCGCUCGAGCUGCUGUACUCACGCCUACGCGAAAUAGGGCUCGACGCUGACGCACCCUUUGUACUCACCCACUUCGUUGGUUCCCUCCCAUCCGAGUACCAACAAGCGGAGUUCCUGUUGAAGACAGCAACGGCGCUGGAUAGCGCCGAAAUCGUCAGAAUCGUGAGCACGGUGCACGCGAGCCUUCCGGAGGGGAGGAAGGCCUCGAAGGGCCAGCGGAGGGCGGAGCACGUUCUCCUCGCAAGCGACGGUAGCGGUGGGGGAGGAGCGCCGGGCCGCGGCAACGGCCGCCGCCGCAAGGGUGGCGGCGGCGGCGGCGGCNACAAAGGCGUUGGUCGAGGGGGUGUAGAGCAGGCUAGGCGGGCGAAGCAGCAGGGGACGACGCUGGUGGCCGAGCUCCGGGAGUGCCUGGGGUACUCGACGGCGAAGGCGCUUUCCAAGCCCAUCCCCCACGAGACGUCGACCCGAGCAUCGCUGCCUCCCAUCGCCGAGGAGGAAGAGGAAUUCGUGACUGAACAGGACGAGGUUGGGGAGGGCGCGUCGAGCCAAGGUGGAGGAAGGACAAAGGGAGAACCUGUGGAUGGAGGACCAGGAUUCAACCAUGGCACGACGGCAGCCCCGGGGCCCGCGAGGCCGCCCGCGCGCGUAACGCCGCCGCCGCCGCCGGCCGCGCCCCAGGAGUCGGGCGCGGGCGACGCUGGUUAUGGCGCCCCCUCGAGCAGGGAGGGCGCGAGCGUCGCCCCAUCUACCACGUCGACCGGCAUGGCCGAUGUGGGCGGCGGCGAGGACGACCGCCGCAGCAGCAGCAGCCGCGGUAGCGGCGGCAGCGGCGGCAGCGGCGGCGACAGCAGUAGCCGCGGUAGCGGCGGCAGUGGCAGCGACAGCAGCAGCGGUGGCAGCAGCGUCGAUGACGGCGGCAGCGACAGCAGCAGUGGCAGCGACAGCGAGACGGAUCUCCCGGCGCUCUGUGGGCCAGAGGCCCGGCGGCUCGCCCGCUUCGACAAGCCGGCGGAACUCACCAGCCGCCGCACUAGGGAGAACCCUCGCCGAAAUCCGAGGUACGAGUCGCCCCCGUCGCCGCCCACAUCGGCCCCGUCGCCGACAAGUGCCGAAGCCCUGCUCGCCUCGGUGGCGAGCCUGCCCGACAGCAGCACGGAGGAGUUCACCCGCUGGAUGCUCUCGGCAGUACUUCACGUGGCGGAGGGGCUAGAGGCGAGGGUGGUGCGAGAGUUGCUGUCCGAGCGCGCGCAGGAGGCCCACGCUGCGCGCCAAGAGGCGGAGGAUUUCCUGCUGGGUACGGUGGACCUCAUGCUCAACUCGCCAGACGCCUUCGAGACGGCUCUGGCGUCCCACGAGCCAACUGAAUUCCCCAUCGGCAAGCGUCCGAGUGAUGUAGAACCUCCCCCCAUGACCGUAGCUGGCGUUGCCAAGUCUGUGUACAGAGAGCGGUUGGAACAGGCCAUGAGGGAAGAGUUUGAAGGGCACUUGGGCACGGGGACGUUUUCAUUCGUAGACGGUGCGCCAGAGGGGCGCAGGCCUGUGAGCUCAAAGUGGUGUUUUAGUUGGAAGACCAACAAGGAAGGGAAGAUAGACACGUUCAAAGCGCGUCUGGUUGCUAGGGGGUUUUCGCAAAUCCCGAACGUCGAUUAUUUCCAUUCGUCUUCCCCUUGCCCCUCAUCCGCAUCCAUUAAGCUGAUGCUUGCGGUAGCGAACGAGAAGGGCAUGAACCUCAAUCACUGGGAUGUGAAGCAGGCGUAUACACACGCUACGCUAGACGAGGAGGUUUUUCUGAAGCUCCCCGCUGGGUGCGGGGACAAGUCGCAUAAGAUUGCUAAGGCUGAGCGUGCGAUUUAUGGUCUGAAGCAGAGCGGUAGGCAGUGGGGGUACCACGCUGCUGAUACGCUAGUCGAGAACGGGUUCGAGCAAUGCAAGGCGGACCCGUGUGUUUUCCGCAAGAUGGUAGACGAAGUCGUGGUGAUGAUUAUCGUGAUUUAUGUGGAUGACAUUUUGGUGGCUGGGUCUGACGAGGAUUGCGAGGAGUUGCUUGCUUCUCUCAACAAGAAAUUUCCCACCAAAAAUCUUGGAGAAUGCGAAUGGUUUGAUGGAUGUGCCAUUGAGAGAGAUGUAGAGGCUGGGACUCUUAGAAUAUCCCAAACCGCGUACAUUGAUAGCAUGGGAGAGGAGUGGCCGGCGAGGGAGGCCAUCGGCAGCAUGGUGUGGGUGUCGACGUUCUCGCGUCCAGACGUCUCGUUCGCCGUGCGUGCGGUAGCGCGCCACGCCCACGCCCCGGCGAAGCGGCACUGGGAUGCCAUACAGAAGAUCCUCGGCUACCUGAAAGGGACGAGGGACCUCGGCAUCACCUACCAACGGGGAUCGGGGUUAGGGCUGGCCGUGUACGUAGACGCUAGCUACGCCGACACGGAGGAUAGGCGUUCUGUGGCAGGGUUGGCGACGACGGUUGGAGGUACCGUAGUCAGCCAUGGUAGCAAGACGCAGAGUAUCGUGUCUUUGUCUUCGACGGAAGCCGAGUACAUUGCUGCCGGGGAGGGUGUCAAGGAGGCGUUGUUUGUGCGUGCUGUGCUUUCGUUUGUCGCCCCAGAGACCAGUGGUAGCAGCAUCAAGGUCCUUGAGGACAACCAGGGGGCCAUAGCGUUGGUGCAGAACCCCCUCAGCUCAGGUCGCACGAAACAUCGACGUGAGAUUUCAUUUCAUCGGCGGAUUGAGUUUNGUGUCUUUGUCUUCGACGGAAGCCGAGUCGCACGAAACAUCGACGUGAGAUUUCAUUUCAUCGGCGGAUUGAUUAGGUCGGGGGAUAUUUCGGUCAAGUUCGUUCCGACAACGGAGCAACACGCGGACCUCCUCACCAAGGCCCUUAGCAGGGCCAGUUUGAAGUACCACCGGCACAAGUUGAUGAAUUUGCCGGAGUUGCUGUAG